CACGCACUGAGUCAUUCGUUUGCUCGCGCUUCUAUUAGUCGGCCUCGUAAACUCUAACAUUCACUCCAUUCGUUCAUGUCUUUCGUCGUCGUUAUUCACUCCCUUUCAGAACACCAUGCUGCAGUACCAGAUAUAAGGACUCCAGCAUCUGUAUCGCAUGCAACCAUGGCUCAUCGGUCGUACCACGCUAGGCUGGGUAUACAACUCGGCGUCCCUAAUUUCGUACAACAACUUCAAUAGGACGACUCCUUCAACGUUAACCUCUUCCCUCCGGUCCUCACGAGAAAUUGAAAUGUGGAAGGCGUUGUACUCGUGGUGAUGAAAUUCCAGAAGUCUGUCAUAAACAUGAUGCUAUUGCCCUUCCGAAACGUUCAAAUGCCUCAUGGCAAUUUCAGUUAUUCAAAAGGGAUAUGCACUCGCAAGUUGAACGUAGGCGAUCUUAUUGCCCCGGAAUCACAAUCAGUAUGCGCGAUAUCAGACGCUCAAGUAAAUUGAGGCAGAUCAAGCUUCGCUUGUGCGUGCUGCAUGGAAUUCGAGCAUAUACAAUGCGCUCGAAGGUGUUCGAUCACCCUAGGCAUAUAUUCACGCGCUUGACUUUCCUACUAUGUGAUGGUCCUAGCUAUUUUCACACAAAGCGGGACUUUAUCUUUUGAUGGUAUCACUAAAGUGUGCUUUGAAAGAGCGGCGAGGAAGGGCACGACUAUGAAGCCUGGCUAGAACAUGGCUUCCAGCCACCUUCAUUAAUUCCGAGCACAUCCCGGCCGCUCCAAUGACAACCUUCAAUACGCUAGAAGGGUGUGAUACACGUUCUUGAUAGUGUCCAGCUCUCCAUUGCCGUGAUGAGGCGUUAAUUAUUCGCAUGAUACAUAUACCUAGAAGAUUUUGUCAGGGAGCGUCAAUAUGUACACGCCUCCCGACGACAUUCUCUCUCGAAGGACACUACGUGCUUCCGUCAUGCCGACGCCCAAACUCCAAAUACGAUGCCCAUGAUCUGGCGCAAUCAUAUUGGAACAUCGUUCAGUAUUUCUCACCUCCUUCGCAGGAUCAUAAUAUGCCUGACUACUGAAAGCUCGAGUUCCAUGUCAUCUCCCCCCUCUCUAUCAUUCUUAGCCUAUGAAGAGAUUUGGACAGCGAACAAAGAUCGUUUAUCGACAAGAGUAACCACCAUCACCAUUGUCGCAGGACUACUCUCUAGCGCUACUGCCUCAUUUGCGACGAUGACCCCACCCGUAGGGAGUAUACUCAACUACAAUACCCGCGGGUCAUACAUCUGUCUCCUUCUGGCAUUCGGUCUCACCUUAGGCGGUCUCAUUGUCGGGUCUGCCAUGUUAUUCGUCACGUCAAAGUGUACUGCAAGCUGGUUCCGCGAGACGCUUGUGGCAUCCCGCUCACGUAUCUGCUACACGCUGGUGUUGAUUGCGUAUCCGUUUAUCUGCAUUGGUGUUGCAACUUCUGUCGGGGCAAUUGGACUUCUUGUAGCUGUGUAGAGCUCCCAAGAUCAAAUCGUUCGCAUCGGCUGCACGUUCGUGUUACUGGUUCAAGUCUCCUUGAUUUUUGUUUUUGCAUGGAUUCAACGUCCUCCACGGGAAUCCCAAACCUUUCGUGGCCAAUAUACCUCCGUAGGCUCGAGCGGGCGCCUUCCGAACGCCAGACGCGUCGUAUGAGACCAUCUGUCUCCGUUCAAUAUACGGGACCGCCAUACACCAUCAAGCGAAUUUAAUGUUUGAUCAUGCGCACGCAACAGUGCGGGACUAGCAAGAGAACGGUGAAUCAAGGAUGUCGAGGGGAUUAUUUUUCUUUAUAGAUAGAUAUGACAGGCUUCAAUGCUUGAGGGUCUUCAUGUGUUCCAGUCUACGUCUACGGUUCUCUAUGAGAAUUCUCAAAUUUGGUCCCUUCU